AUGCUCUAUUACAGUGGAUUUACUCGGAGAAUCGGUGAUGUGGAUGAUGGUUCUACCGUGACGGAUUUCCUGCCGGCAGAGAGAGCUCGUGGUAUCACCAUCCAAUCUGCUGCAAUCACAUUUCACUGGCCGCCCCAGCAAGAAGAAUCUGCGGCCAGCUUGACGUCAGAGGAUUUGGAGGCGAAAGGGCUGCCGAGAUCUGCCAUUUCUCAUACCAUUAAUUUGAUCGAUACCCCUGGUCAUGCGGAUUUUACCUUUGAGGUGCUACGGUCACUCCGUAUUCUAGAUGGAGCUGUCUGUAUCUUAGAUGGAGUUGCGGGCGUUGAGGCACAGACGGAACAAGUGUGGCGUCAAGCUUCGACUUACGGUAUCCCCAGGAUCGCCUUUGUCAAUAAACUAGACAGAGAAGGCGCCGCAUUUGGCAGGACUGUGAAGGAGAUUGGUGCCCGGCUUGGGGGUUGGCCUGCAGUUUGCCAGAUACCCUGGUUCGAAGGAGGUGACGGCAGGCUACAGGGUGUUGGAGAUGUUGUCUCGCUCCAAGGGAUGUUGUGGGAACUUGGAGGAGAUGGCAAAAAGGUAUCAUUAUCACGCCUCGACGCCCUAGAACAGUCUGAUAGCCAAUUUGCAGCGGAGCUGAAAAAGGCCAGGAUUGCACUGGUUGAACUCCUUAGCGAGCACGACGAUGCAAUGGUGGAAAGUUUCCUCGAACAUGACGAGGAUCACCUGGCGGUCAAACCGAUAGAAAUUCUCGAGAGCCUCCGACGCUGCCUACUUCAGGAUGCGGAGAACAAGCUUAUUCCCACCUUUGCAGGAGCCAGCUUCAAAAAUAUCGGAGUUCAGCCAUUGCUGGAUGCAGUCGUCAACCUCCUCCCAAGCCCGCUAGAACGUCCGGAUCCUGAAAUCAGCAUUGGAGGGGUAAGGUGCGGAUUAAACGAGUUUCUCGAAGGGAAAGCUGGUGUUGAGGUCUCAAGCAGUAAAAAGGGAAAAAAGGCCGUGGCUUCACGAUCAAAACCCACAACAGCUCUUCAGAAAUUAGAGGCAUGCGCCCUCGCUUUCAAGGUCGUUAGUGACCCCAAAAGGGGUGUUCUAGUUUAUGCACGGAUUUAUUCAGGGACACUGCACCGGAAUGCGCUGUUAUUUAAUACCAACCUUCAAGUCUCGGAGAGGGUCCCUCGUCUGCUAAAGAUGUAUGCCUCGGAUGCCGUUGAACAGGAAUCUAUUUCUGCUGGACAUAUUGCUGUUUUUGUUGGAUUGAAGUACGCCCGAACUGGAGAUACCCUCCUUUCAUAUGCUGGAAACAAACAGAACCCACCGGAGCCUCUGAACACCUUGCAACUUCGCCCUAUCAACGUUCCUCCCCCCGUAUUCUUCUCGGGCGUUGAGCCUCACAGUCUUAGCGAAGAGAAGAAUCUCCAAGCUUGUUUAGCUCUCCUGUUACGAGAAGACCCGAGCUUGCGUGUUACGUUGGAUGAGGAUUCCGGUCAAACACUGCUGAGCGGUAUGGGUGAACUCCACCUAGAAAUUGCUCGAGAUAGACUUGUGGGCGAUUUCAAGGCAAAGGCUUCAAUGGGUAAUAUUGAAAUCGGUUAUCGUGAAUGCAUCACGAGCGCAUCUGCAACUGCUACAAAGAUAUUUGAUAAGGAAAUUGCAGGGAGGAAGGGCAAGGCGGGCUGUGAAGCUGCCGUCCAACCACUCAUCGAGGACGAGGAAGCACAGAGUACUGCGGAAGAUGCCAUCUUCACUCAAAACGUAGACGGUAACCGCGUCACCAUCAAACUGCCCAAUUUCGAAGACAAGAAAGGCAAAGAUGCGGAUGACCAGUUCCCUUCACACCUUUCACUCGACAUAAUCAGGAACUCCCUCGUUGCCGGCGGCCUAGCAGCUCUUGCUCGUGGACCUAAAUACCAGUUCCCCUUACACAGCGUCGAUGUGACGCUUACGUUCAACCUCGAAGAGCAUCUUUUUGGAAAUGAAACAACCACAUCUGCCAUUUCAGCGGCUGCAAGACUUGCCACACAAGCGGCACUGAAGGAAGUUUCAGCUUCGUCUGCUCUCAUGGAGCCAGUUAUGAAUGUCACGAUCAGCGUGCAGGAAUCAAGCCUGGGAUCCGUUGUACAUGAUAUCUCGUCCUCGCGUGGUGGCCAUGUUGUUUCUCUCGAUGAUGAUGCCUCUUCACCAUCAACAACAUCAGAAGAGUCAGACGCCAUUGAUGUGUCUAAGAUAUACGCUCCGAGAGACCCCUUCGGGCCUGCAUCAUCAAGCGAAGGUGCCUCCUUGUUGGCGACCGCUAACCAGUCUCGAACGAUAACGGCCAAGGUCCCGUUGAAAGAGAUGGUAGGCUAUCUAAAACAUCUACGGAGUAUAACUGGCGGUAGAGGGACGUUCGUUAUGAGUGUGGACCGAUUUGAGAAGAUGAGCAGUCAGAGAGAAAAGGCUGUAUUGGCGGAACUACGGGGAAUAUAG